GAAACCCGUGGGUUCACUGAAACCUGAUUUUUCUUCGUCUUGACUCUAGCCGGCGGCUCACUAUAGGAAUUGCGUGCUAUCCGUCGCGUUGGUUAUCAGCUACUAAAGAUCAUGGUGCUGUCUGUGAAGAAGACCCUGGCGCUGGCGCUCUGCGUGUCGACGUUCGCCACUUCGGAGGUGGCACAGAGCUCGGCUCUCCGCACGCACCCGCGCCGCGGGCUGGCUGGUAUCCACCAUACUACCCAGUACGCACCCAAGGUGGUGAAGCAGCCCAAGGGCGCUCCCGUGCAGCAGGAGGACAGUGGCUCGUCCGACUCCUACGACUCAUAUGACUCGUACGACCUGGAUGGCUCCGACUCGGCCGACGUGGAGCUGCAGGGCUCGGAGGAGAUGGACAUUUCGAGUUCGCAGGAUCUGGACAUGGACGUGGACGGCCCAACCGACAUGGACGUCGACCUGGACGACGGUGAGGAACUGGAGUACAGUGGAGAGGGCGACCAGACACUCGACAUGUCGUCGUCGGGUGAUAUGGACUUCUCGGCCGACGCCAGUCUAGACGGGAGUGGCCAGAUGGACGCGGAAAUCGAGUUCACGGACGGAUCCGUGGACGUGGAUCUGGAUGACGACGAGGACUAUAGCCAGGAGCUCGAGUUCGAGGAUGACGAGGUUGUGGACGAGAUCAUCGAAGUUCCCGAGGGAGCCAAGUCGAUUCACCUGCGUGUGCACAAGGGCAAUGUGGACCUGGAUAUCAUCAAGGGUGCCAAGGAGCACGUUAAGAGCGAGGCUCAGCCCGAGCAGAAGAAGGAGGAGGCCCCCAAGGAGGAGCAGAAAAAGGAGGAGACGGCUGCCACUGAGACCAAGGAGGAGACUGUGUCAUACGCUGCUGAGGCCAAGGAGUGGAUCGAGGAGAACGGCAGUAAGCCUGCCGUCCUGGGCGGCUUGAUCGGUGCCGCUGUGGGUAUCGUCGGUAUCGCUGGUGUAGCCAUCGCCAAGAGCCGCAAGCGCGCGUCCGAGAAGUCUGUUCUGGCAGAGGACGCUGCCGCUGACGCUGAGGCUGAGGCCGAGGUGGACGAAGACGCCGAGUCGGAGUCGGACAACGACUCAGACAGUGAUGAGGAUGUCGAGGCUGGCGUGACGGUACUUACGGAAGACGCUGAGGAGGAGAAGAAGACAAGCGUCGUGGAAGGUUCAGUGUAAGUAAAUUUCUGGCCUCAAGCGCCGCACAGACAGCAGACGAUCGGUGGAUGCAUGCAAGUAAGAGAGUAACGAAUCGUAGCUCCAGUAUAUUCUAUGGCAAGGUGUCGCCUUCAAGCAUCCGCCGGAAGAUCGAGGGCAUCUUCAUUUUUCUAAAAAAAAAUCUCUGUCAAUGGAUUUAUAUUUUUUUCGAGAUGUUUAUAAAAUCGUACUUUGUGAU